AUGCAUUUUGGUCCUGAGUUGGCGUGUUUGGAAUGGCUAAUGGAGUGUGGUUCCAGUGAGGUUGUGAUGAGUGACGGAACAUCGAUCGCUUGCAUAAAAGAUAUGCACCGAUAUAUCAAGGAUUUCGGAUUCAAUUUCAAAUAUAUUCCGAUUUCUGCGGUUCCAUUUAAAUGGAGUCCUGUGCUACCGAUAAUAGGCAUCAAAAAGCUUGAUGCAAUUUAUGAUAUGCGUUGGGCUAAGAAACCGAAUGUAUACAUCACGAAGGUCGAUGCUACAGACUCUGCAGUGGGAGAUAGAGGCUUUCAAUACUUCAGAGAAUGUCGGCAAAUAGAAGUUUUGAAGCUGAAUUUUUGUGAUUUCUUCACAAAUAUUGCAAUUGAACAUCUUGCUGUUGGUCGACCAUCAAGAACUUUACGAAACCUUGAAAUCGUAGCAAAUCCAUAUGUCAGUGAUGAUUUCGUUAAAGGUAUCAAGCGAAUACGAGGAUUAAAAAGGGCGCAUUUUUAUUUUUUGCCAAAUGUUGCUGACCAAAAAUUUAUUCUGCAAACUCUAAAAGUUUCAUUGCCAAAUUGUCGAUCCAGUUUUCCCGAAAUUUCGAAUAUUGGUUAUGGAUAUGAAUGUUCUGAAGAGGAGAAUGAAAAGCGCCAAACAAGUAAAGCAAAAGGUGACUAG